GCUGCGUAUCACCUUGUAUCCAUUGGAUACCCAAAACAAAUUUACCAUGAUGGGAAAGAUCAUCUUCUACGAGGACAGGAACUUCCAGGGACGUUCCUAUGAGACCAGCUCGGACUGCCCUGAGCUGACCUCCUACCUGAGCAGGUGCAACUCCUGCAGGGUGGAGAGCGGCUGCUUCAUGGUCUACGACCGUUCCAACUUCCAGGGAAACCAGUACUUUGUGAGGAGAGGAGAGUACGGUGACUACACUCGCAUGGGCAUGUCUGACUGUAUUAGAUCCUGCCGCAGCAUCCCCAUGCACAGGGGACAGUUCAGGAUGAGGAUCUACGAGAGGGAGAACUUUGGUGGCCAGAUGCAUGAGAUGAUGGACGACUGCGAGAACAUGAUGGAUCGUUACCGUAUGUCCGACUGCCAGUCCUGCCACGUGAUGGAUGGCCACUGGCUCCUGUAUGAGCAGCCCCACUACAGAGGCAAGCAGAUGUACCUGAGGCCCGGGGAGUACAGGAACCUCAGCAGCAUGGGGGGCACCCCUGGAAACAUCAGAUGGCAGUCUAUGAGGCGUAUCAUGGAUUCCUGUUAAUUCACUGUUCCAUGUGAAUUUUAGCUUUUUAAUAAAGGAUUGUAUAAAAGCA